AUGGGCGCUGUCGGGUUGCGCACGCUGCAGCUGCUGCUCCUGCUGGGCGCUUGGCGGGCACGUGGAGGUGCCGCGCGAUGCCGCGUCACGCUGGUACUGUCCCCGCAGAAGGCGACGGGCGCGGUCUGCGGGACCUCGGACGCCUUCCACGACGGCGAGCUGGCCGCGCUGCGCUUGCGCGUAGGCCGCCACGAGGAGCUGCUGCGCGGGCUACAAAGGCGCGCGGCCGAGGGGGGCGCGCUCGAGAGCGAGGUGCGCGCGCUGCGAGAGCACAGCCGCGGCCUGAGCAAGCGCCUGGGUCAGCUGCGCACGCAACUGCAGCCGGAGCCGGGGGCGGAGCCUGACCCGGGGGCGGAGCCUGCUGCAGCGCUCAGUCUGCUCGCGGAGCGCGCGCUCUACGCCGAGGCAGAGGCGCGCCGGACGGCGGCGCGCCUGCAGCAGCUGGACGCACAGCUCCGCGAGCAUGCGCAGCUUCUGAGCCAGCAUACCCACCUCCUGGGUCGCCUGCAGCGCGCGUGCGCGAGCCCGGACCCGGUCCCGCAGCAGGUCCUGCCACUGCCUCUGGUUCCUCUAAGUCUAGUGGGCAGUGCCGGCAACACCAGCAGGAGUCCGGACCAAACUCCAGAGCACCAGAGAGACCAGAGCUUGAGGCAGCAGGAGCCCCCAUCUCCUCCCCUGCCUACUGGGCACCUUGCUGUUCCCACCAGACCAGUGGGCCCGUGGAGGGACUGUGCAGAGGCUCACGGGGCAGGCCACAGGCAGAGUGGAGUGUAUGAGCUGCGGCUGGGCCGGCGCGUGGUACCCGUGUGGUGUGAACAGCAGCAGGAGGGGGGCGGCUGGACCGUCAUCCAGAGGCGGCAAGAUGGUUCCGUCAAUUUCUUCACUAACUGGCAGCACUACAAGGCAGGCUUCGGGCGGCCCGACGGGGAAUACUGGCUUGGCCUGGAACCGGUGCAUCAGGUGACCAGCCGUGGGGACCACGAGCUGCUCAUACUUCUAGAGGACUGGGGAGGUCGUGGGGCACGAGCACACUAUGACAGCUUCUCCUUGGAGCCCGAGAGCGACCACUACCGCCUGCGACUGGGCCAGUACCACGGUGAUGCUGGAGACUCCCUCUCCUGGCACAGCGACAAACCGUUCAGCACUGUGGACAGGGACCGAGACUCCUAUUCUGGUAACUGUGCCCUGUACCAUCGUGGGGGCUGGUGGUACCAUGCCUGCGCCCACUCCAACCUCAAUGGUGUGUGGUAUCAUGGAGGUCACUACCGGAGCCGCUACCAGGACGGGGUCUACUGGGCCGAGUUCCGCGGCGGGGCAUACUCUCUCAAGAAGGCUGUGAUGCUAACCCGGCUUGUGCGGUGGUGACUGUCCCACGAGCACUCCCAAGGGUAUUUCUGUCUCCUUGAGCUGGCAUCUUAUAGAGCAACGCAAAGUGUC